CAAGAUGGCGGCGCCCUUGGAGCUCAGGUGCUGGGGAGGCGGCUGGGGGCUUCCGUCGGUGCACAGCGAGUCCCUGGUGGUGAUGGCUUACGCCAAAUUUUCUGGUGCACCCCUGAAAGUCAAUGUCAUAGAUAACACCUGGAGAGGUUCAAGAGGAGAUGUACCAGUUUUGACAACUGAAGACAAUAUUGUUUCUCAGCCAGCAAAAAUACUAAACUUUUUAAGAAAACAGAAAUAUAAUGCCGAUUAUGAACUGUCAGCAAAACAAGGGGCAGAUACACUAGCUUACAUUGCUCUCCUCGAAGAGAAACUUCUUCCUGCAGUGCUUCACACAUUCUGGGUUGAGAGUGACAAUUACUUUACUGUGACAAAGCCAUGGUUUGCUUCACGAAUGCCUUUUCCCUUGAGUUUGAUCCUGCCUGGAAGAAUGUCUAAGGGAGCACUGAAUAGGAUUCUCCUGACCAGGGGAGAGCCUCCCCUCUACCACCUCCGAGAUGUAGAAGCUCAGAUAUACAGAGAUGCCAAGGAGUGCCUAAAUCUUCUGUCAAACAGACUGGGAACAUCUCAGUUUUUCUUUGGAGAUACGCCUUCUACUUUGGAUGCCUAUGUGUUUGGUUUUCUCGCACCUCUUUAUAAAGUAUGCUUUCCUAAAGUUCAGUUACAAGAACAUUUGAAACAGCUCUCCAACCUGUGUCGCUUUUGUGAUGACAUCCUAAACAGUUAUUUUAGGCUUAGUCUUGGAGGCAUCUCUUCUGCUGGACAAGAAACGGUAGAUGCAAAUCUGCAGAAACUCACACAACUUGUAAAUAAGGAAUCCAACUUGAUUGAAAAGAUGGAUGACAAUCUUCGCCAAAGCCCUCAACUUCCUCCUCGGAAACUGCCAACACUUAAAUUGACUCCAGCAGAAGAAGAAAGUAAUUCCUCACAACGGCUAUCACCCUGACAGUCUUCAUGCUUUGUGUCCAAAGUCAUGUAAUUGUUGCAGUAAUCUCUUACACUAAGUGUGUGAAGGCAAAAAGAAAAUUCAUAAAUAAGUAUAAGGAAGACUCUAAAACAAAAGAAACUUUCUGUGACAGCAAUUUUUUUUUAGUUAGGAAGCUCGUGUUUUAGCUUGGCAAUGCACUUUAAAUAACAUCAACGUAAAUGCUAAAUGAACUUGGGGAAAAAAGAAAACACAUUGUACUGUAUAUAAAAAACCUGCCUUAACCUUGGCAGAUUUUUGCCUUUGGUUCACGUGUUGCUGGCCCAAAGCUACACUUCUGUUCUGAAUGUGCACUGUUAGUUUAUUCAAGUUAAUUUAUUAAUUUAGUAUUCUUAGACCAGUCUAAAUAUCUAAUAUGUGGCUCUUUGGCUGAAGCCUUUUUUUCUUCUGUUUAGAAAUCUGAUGCUUAUUUUAGACGUUAGGAAAAAUAUAUUAUUCUAAUAUUCUAUUUACUUCAGUAGAAAAGCCUGUAUUUAACUUUAAAAAGCAAUGAGGAAUGUGUUUUUAAUUAUGCUCUCAUAAGUCUAAUCUUUGGGGGAGUUAGUACCAUAUAUAUAAAUAUUAAAGAUGGUUACAUAUAAUAUUUGUCUGACUAUAUGCACUUCAAUGUAACAGUAUUUGCUCAUGUGUUCAAUACAGGUUAGCAAGGGCUGUUUUAAUUUAUUGGAGCUUUAGACCUGUGUAUUCAUAGUACAUGUUUAACUCUAGUCAUCUCUUUCUUGGGUUGAUUUCAGGAGAGCUGAAUGUGUUAGCAUCGUUAUUAUGCCAGGCUGUAAAGUCUGACUGACACUUGCCCAGUGGUUAGACACUACUCAGGAGGAGCCCACUGCCAGCGAACUAGAAGUACUACUGUGCACCUGGUCCAGGUUCACCAUGCUUGGCUCAGACCAGUGCUCUUUCCUAAGAAACAUAUCAUGUAGUCACAACCUUUAUGACAACUAAUUAUUUUCCAUAGAGUUAACUGCAGUUGAAGGAGUCAAUGGAGUAAUCGGAAAUAGCAGAUUUUAAAGAACAUUUUCUAUUUAUUGGUUGCUGAACUAUUCAAAGAUUUGCUGUGUGGGUAAUUUUACUUAUAAUAGAAUCUUGCUUAUUUUAGUGGCUGAGGUGCUUCUGCUGUCCUAAAACUACUUCUGGGGUUUUUAAAAUAUAGGACCAUGUUUUUGAUUAGUGUCUUAAAAGAUUACUAUGGUGCUCAGCAAAUCUUGUCACAUCCUGCAGAAACCCCCAGGUUAGGAAAACAGUUUUGGACUCAAGAGACUUGUCUGAUUUGAGCUGAGUGGAACUCGGCUGUGUUUGACCUGCAUCCUCUCAAUUUGUUCUGUAUUUAGGUAGCUAUUUAUACAGAAGUCUUUAUGUCAUUGUAAAUAUUUUUUCUUGAAAGUUUUAAUGAGAAACAGGGUAGUCUUCAAAGUCUUGUUCAUCUGUUUGGAUGCAUUGAGAGAAAGAAGCUAAUGAGUUUCACAUUACUUCUGCAAAGGUGGGAGAGAGAGAGUGUGUGUGUGUGUGUGUGAUGCGUUAGUCUUCUGUUAUAGUCCAGCAAUCGGAAAUCUGUUUGAAUGUUCUGUGUUGGAAAUCAUGACCAUAGGACUUGAUUGAUGUUUAUUAGAGAUGAGUGGUUAGCACAUUAAUCAUCUGCUUAUGGUUUAGUCAGCGUUAGUCAUUUUCGAUUAUGAUUUCUAUUAAAACUUUCAAAAAGCAUUUGAAGUGACUUAAAAUUGUCAAACGUGUGUAAAACAGGACAAUUAAAAUUAGUUUUUGGAAAACUAAAAAAUUUGUAGGAGAAAGAACUAUAUUAACCCUAACAGAUUCUAAAAUUGAAUGGUAAAUUUAACUCCAGGUUUCUCCAUGGGCAAAGUCAAAGGAUAAUACUGGGUUAUGUAAAGUUUUCUGUCAAUAAGGUUACUACUGUCCAUGAGUAAGCAAAAUGUGUUUACAUUUUUAUAGGAAUGUGGAAGGAAUAUCGUAUUCUUACGACACAAAGAUGCAGCCAGUAAGCAUACUGUAAUGUUUGAUGUGUUGAAAGUUUAAUAAAAAAAUAUCAUUUUAGAAUAACAAGUAUCUAUCCUUUUUUAGUAGAGAGACGACUAUAAAUAUGAUUUAUUUCCUUUUGGUCAUUCCUGCUUUGAACUGCCUUUAGCUGUAUGCUAUAUAGGCCAUGAUGCUUCCAGACUAUCUUUCCUAAGAUGCAAAAUAUGAUUUAGGUAAGUGAGAAUUUAUAUGCUGGGUUACUUAGUUGAGGGUUUUGGUAUAAGCUAAUGAGAUGCUAGGAAGCUAUCGCUGAGCACAAGCCACUCCAGGGAUCAGCCACACAUAUAGGAAGCUCUUGGAAAGGGAUAACUUUCCAGACUGGGCAGAGAGCUUUUGAGCAACCUGUCAGGAUAUGCUUUGGAUAAAGUUUGAGUUGGCUGGGAUAAAUGGUCCACAGUCUUAAAAUACUGUGAGCCACUUUCUUUUGGAAGUGAUGGUGGAGGAUAAUAUGAUAAAAGGGACUAUGUUUGUGUUUAUGUUUCUUGGUAGUAUAGGAUGAGAAAAUUGGUCAGAUAAUCCCCAUAAGAUAAAGAUCUUUCAUCAACAAACUGUCAUCAGUUAUCCAUAAGACUGGCCAUUCCCCUAAGACCAAAGAAACUGUAAAAGACCUUUAAGGACAGUCAUUCCUACACAAUGUUUUUCCCCCUAAAAGGUUGGCACUGACAAACGAAUUAAAUUUCAACCUAGACAUGUUUGUUUUAUUUUUUGAGUGCUAGAGGAUUAGAGAUUUUAUGUUAAAUCCGAAGCAUUUUGAUUUCCAUUUGUAAUUUCUGUUCACUUAAUGUGGCUAGAUAUAUUAACUUAAAGGAAUGGGGAAGCUUAUUUCAAUCAGAGCUAAGUUACAAUUUUCAGAAGUCUGCAAAAAUGGAAGAAAACUAGACAUCAAAAGAGGCAGAAAUUGGUAACAGUGUUAGUAUCUCAGAAAACCAAUUUUUAAAGGUAGUAUCAUGUGAUAAAAGUGGUAUUUGAAGUCAGUAGUAUGUUUUCUUAGAGCCUCUUCCAGGAAUAGACAUUUACCAUGUUAUUAGAUUUUUCAUAAACUGUUUACUUUUUCAUAAACUGUCAAAAAUUGUAUCCCUCUGAAACCAAAAUAUAAAUGCUUAAAUGUAAAGACAAGAAGCUGAGGGACGGUUACAUAGGAUCUCUCUGUACUAUUUUUGCAACUUCUUUUUGUGAGUCUAUAAUUAUUUCAAAAUAAAAGGGUUUUAAAAAUAAAUUCAAUAAGUUUAUCAUUAUCUAGAUAAACUAUGAUUUAAAAUUUAAUGCUGUAAACAUAGUAUUCAGUAUUCAGUUCCAGAUGAAUAAAUGCAUAAUAUAAAUUAAAUAUAAUUUAUUUCAUUCUUGAGUUUAAAGAAAAAAACACCUCAGAUUUAUAACAAAUGAUAAUCUAAAGAUCUGUUUUACCAUAUCAGCAAAGAAAAACAACAAGAACCCUUAAAACCAAGAACCCCUUUUCCCUAGGAGAUUAAAAAUUCUACGAUUUUAUGUUUGUAAUUGUAUCUUUUUUUCCUAUGGUAUGUGGGUUUACUUUUGAGGAUAAAAUAUUUUGAAAAAAACUCCUCCUUGUCUCUGUGUGGUAAUCCUUCUUUGUUUUGCAAGUGUUCUCUCUCUAACUACACUAGGACCAUGCUUUGAUGAACAAAAUGCAGCGUGUCUGUGAGCUUUUUGUUUUUUAAGUUCACAGGGAUUUAGUGAUUGACUUUGUCUUGGUUUAAUUAUUUAUGUAAUUGAAAUCCUGAGCAGAGCCACAUAUUAUAUUUGGGUUGUAAUGACGGUCUUUUGUAUAUGUU